AUGAGGACUAUGAAUCUUGUCGAUUCCAUUUUCAAGCAACCAUGCCCGUCCAAAAAACCCUUCAUUGGCUCCACCGACCACCGGGGAAUCAAACCUAAUUUCCUCAGGUUACGAAAGCCCGUAUCGCCGUUCGUCGUGUCCGCCAUUAUUGCCGAAGAAGAUAGAAUCUUGACUUCGAAAGACGAACCCACCUUCAAUUUCAAAGCUUACGUUGUUGAGAAAGCCAAUUACGUGAACAAAGCCUUGGACGACUCGGUUCCGGUGAAGAACCCGCCGAUCAUCCACGAGGCCAUGAGGUACUCCUUGUUAGCCGGCGGUAAGAGGGUCCGCCCCAUGUUGUGUAUUGCCGCCUGCGAGGCUGUGGGCGGCCACCAGUCCGCAGCCAUGCCUGCAGCCUGCGCGGUGGAGAUGAUCCACACCAUGUCACUCAUCCAUGAUGAUUUGCCCUGUAUGGACAACGACGACCUCCGCCGUGGCAAGCCCACCAAUCACAAAGUGUUUGGCGAGAAUGUGGCGGUGCUGGCUGGUGAUGCUUUACUGGCCUAUGCGUUUGAGUUCAUGGUCACCGCAACCACCGCGGUGGCGCCGGAAAGGGUUCUUGCGGCUGUGGGGGAAUUGGCAAAGUCGAUAGGGACGGGGGGGCUGGUGGCGGGGCAAGUGGCGGACUUGACUUGCACAGGGAACAACGGAAAUGUGGGAUUGGAUAUAUUGGAAUUCAUACACAUACACAAAACUGCUUCACUGUUAGAGGCUGCGGUGGUUUUAGGUGCAAUCAUGGGUGGGGGGAGUGAUAAGCAAGUGGAGAAUUUGAGGACUUUUGCUAGGAAAAUCGGGCUGCUUUUUCAGGUGGUGGAUGAUAUAUUGGACGUGACUAAGUCGUCGGAGGAGCUAGGAAAGACCGCCGGAAAAGAUCUGGUGACAGACAAGACGACGUAUCCGAAGCUGUUGGGACUGGAGAGGGCUGUGGAGUUUGCUGAGAAGUUGAAUGAAGAGGCUAAGAUACAGCUGGCGGAUUUCGAUCCGGCAAAGGUGGCGCCGCUGGUGGCGUUGACUGAUUACAUUGCUCGCCGGCAGAAUUAAUUUGCUGAGAUUUCUGGGCUUAAUUCUUGUUUUCUAGAAUUUAAUGUUUGUUGUAGUAAAUUGUUGGAAGUGUUUAAGAUGAUAUCUAUAUACAUAUAUAUCCUAUGCUGUAAUUGUACGCAAUGAAAAUCACAUUGUAGUUUUUCCGUUUUUGGUAAAUUUGGCAGGAACAAAAAUUUGGACGUUAUCUGGUGUUAAAUUGGCAUCUUUCUUGAUUUA